CCUGUCUCUUUCCCCUACUUCUCCCUCCAUCUACUUCUCAUCUCUUCUCAACGACCACCCGACCCCAUGCCCGCAGACCCAAGUCCCAGUAGCAGCAGCAACGCUGCAAAACAACGACGACGACACAACGUCACACAAGCGUGCUACAACUGCCGACAGCGCAAGAAGAAGUGCGAUGCAGUGACACCGACCUGUGGAACCUGUGCGGCGCUCAAGGAUGAGUGUGUCUGGGGCGAGCGCGAGGACUGGCGGAAACCCCUCUCGCGCGCCGAGACGAACGGGCUCCGCGCCAAGGUCGACCAGCUAGAAGAGCUCACCAAGCACUACCGCGAGCAGAUCGAGUCGCUGCAGGCGCAGGUAUACGCGCACCGGCGGGACGGGCAGGCGAGCUCGUCCGGCCCGCCGAGCGGUGCGGCGUUCCAGUCCGUCAACUCGGGCAUCACGGGCAUCGGGGGCACGACGGCGAGCGACCCGCCGAGCGUAGGCACCGACGGACGCCCACGGCGACCAAGCGCCAAGGCGACACUGCAUGACCCGCAGGAGGACGUCGACGGCAUGGUUAUCGAAGACCCCCGAGGUCAGGUCAGGUUCCACAACCCCAGCUCGGCGUUCCGGCACGCCCUGCGCAACCCUCUGCCUGAUGCGCCGCCCGGCGCCUCGCCCAUCGCGAGCACGCUCGAGUCGGCGCCGAGGCUGAACAACCACGACGACCCCCAGCGCUUCGCGCGCUUCCUCCCAAAUGUUUACCUUACAAAGGCGCAGCACGACCGCGCUGUGGAUCACUGCUUCCGGUACUUCACCUCGUUUGGCCAACGAGCAACACCGCACCUCUUCUACCGCGACAUGGAGAUCGCGCUCUCGCUCGACAAUAUCGAGGACCUGCCGCUCCUGACGCCAAACUACUCGCCUCUGCUGCACAACGUCAUCAUCAGUGUCGGUCUCGCCUACGCCGACGAGGAGCACCUCCACGCUUCGCAGACCCGUCGCAUCUUUUACCAAGAGGGCACGAAGCAUCUCGAGCGCGAGGCGGCAUCGCCUUCGCUCGCGACCGUCGCGGCACUGGCCCUGCGCUCGAGUUUCUCCAGUACAGUCGGUGACUACAGUAUCGGAUGGGUCUACUUUGGCCUGGCGUCGCGAUUGGUCUAUGCCCUUGGACUGCACAUCGACACGUCCAAGCUCGUCGCGCAGGGCAAGCUCAACCAGGAGACAUAUGUCCAGCGCAACGUCACUUUCUGGUCUACAUUCUGCCAGGAGGAGAUGUGGGCUGUGUACAUUGGGCGCAUGCCGCUCAUGCUCGCGGAUUACACCGUUGGUCCGCCAGAAGCCGAUGCCGCUACGGAUGACACACCUUGGACUUGGCCGCCUGGCCCCUACGGUCACCUGCCCCCUCAAAAGUCGUGGCUUAGCACGUGCUUCGUGCACACGACCGGUCUGUUCAAGAUUGCGACAGAGAUUACGCAUACAGUCUACAGCAGUGGUGUCAACCGAUCACUCCUGGUACAAAAUGGAACAGUGGACCGCCUCAGCCAAGCCCUCGAAGACUGGGGCCAGACUCUGCGCUCCGAGCCCGCACUCGACCUCACACAGUCCACCCCACCGCUGCCGCACAUCCUCCUGCUUCACAUCGGCCUCGAAUGGGUGAAUGUGCUUCUCUUCCAGCCAUUCAGCCAAGUGUCAGCACGCGGUGCGGCGCAGGACCUGGCAAUCGCCAACAUUGCCAUGACGCGCUGCCACCAGUCAGCUCUUAAAAUCGACGAGCUCGGCCAGCUCUACCACGCGACUCACGGCAUGCGCUUCACGCCCCCGACUAUGGCGCAGAUGCAGUACACUGCUGGCACGUCCUUUGUGCUCGCCGCGGCGCAGGCACGUAACGCUGCUCAGGCCGCCGACGAUCUGGAACGUGCGCGUCGGGCGCUGUUCUAUCUCAAGGAGAUCGGCCUUACGUGGGGUGCUGGUCGACAGAAGGAGUCGAUCUUGUCCGAGAUCAUUGCGGAGCUGGAGGAGAAGGCGGCCAAUCCCAACCCGUCGGACGAGAACGCGGUUCCACAGGACACACUAUUGGGUCUGUCGCAAGAGGUUCAAACCGACGACUCGACCCUGUCGCUCGCACCAGAACCAUCUUCGGCUGUCGCCGGCCUCGACACCAACUGGGUCGGCGCCGACGGCUCGCUCGACGACUUUGUCCAGAGCCUGCUGACGCAAUAUGUCCUGCCCCUCGGCGGCGAGGUGGACCUGAUGGCCCUCCUACAGCCGCCCCAACAGAUUCUGUAGCCGUAGAGUGUCGGAGCUGCACCUUGUAUUUUUUGUUUGCGACGCCGCGGCUCAACUAACACGUUUAUCACGUGCCCGGAGUGGCCGAUGCAGAGACGACGCUGGUCCUCGAAACGAGCCGAACCGAAGCUUGGCAUGGAGAUGUUCGCAAGCAAACUGCUCCAGGGUGGAUAAAGUGUGGG